ACCUUAAUCCCAACUGAUUCCGUUGCAGUCGACAGUUUGAGUUGACCAUGUGCGAGCGUCUUCCCUCCAGCCCCCUAUCUUUUCCGCUCACAAAAUCUCCAAAAUUAGGGUUUACCAGAACCAAUUGGAGCUCCCAAAUCCAACCGCACCCCAACUUUUACACCCCAAAUUGUUCGAAGCUAUCGAAUUUCGCGAAUUCAGAAAUCACAAAUUCCAGAAAUGGGAGGUCUUUGUUCCUCAGCAGAAGGGCCAGCGAUAAUCCGAAAGCUGAUUUUGGGAUUCCGGCCGAAUUAGGGUUUAGGGAGAAAGGUGAAAACCUCUUCGACCUCGCAACAGAAUCAAUUGAGUCAGUAACGCGAAAUGGGAUUGAUCCCAGGGAAGAAUCCAAUGCUUCAUUGGGUUCAGAAAAUUUAUUGGAAUCGGAGGGCGGUUCGGGGGAGGAUAAGCGAAAUCGGAAGAGCAACGAGAGCGUAAAAGAGGAGAAUCGGGUUCGAAUUGAGGGUACGGAUGGUGAUGGGUUGGAGAAGGAGGAGAAUUUGAAGCAUAUUGAUGAAAAAGUUGGGCUGAGAAAAGGGAGGCAGGUGAUGAGGAGGUCCAAUAUUCUUGCGAAGCAAGUUAUCAGUAUCCGAAGUGCGCUCAGCUUGGGAUUUGUCUCGCAGCUUUGGGUCAAUACCAACUCUUGGAUGGUAAUGUUUGUAGAAGUGAGGCGAAACCUGCUUUCGGGGGAUUUCGAACGUUUUCUUCUCGAUGAUAUUACCCAGGUUGGUGAUGUCGUGCUUGUCAAGGACGAGAGUGUGAUUGAAGACGAAUUUAAGAUUGCUGGACUGGAAACGUUGGUAGGAUACCAAGUUAUAACACCAGGCCGACGAACGAUUGGAAAGGUGCGGGGGUACAGUUUUAACGUCAAUUCAGGGGCUGUAGAAUCCCUUGAAUUUGAUUCAUUUGGAAUUUCCUAUAUCCCAUCAAGUUUGGUGAGUACCUAUGCGUUGUUUGUUGAGGACGUGCUGGAAGUUGUCUCUGAUGCCGUCAUUGUGCACGAAGCUGCAGCUUCCCGCAUACACAGGCUGACCAAGGGUUUCUUGGACGGCCGAAAUGUUGCAACCUCCAUAGAUGAUCUCGAUGAAUAUUCCGACUUUGAAAGACCCGUAAGAUCGGAUAAGCAUACAAGAAGAAGAAAUUUUGGUAACCAGAAGUUCGAUUCCAGGAAAAGCAAGACCAAUGAUGAUUGGGACCUCCCAAUGGAUUACUUCUGAGUUCUGAUCCUCAUGAUUCUUUGUUGCCUUCUUGUAGAUAUAUACAUAGCUUGGAGUAGGUUUCUCUAUUGCAGUGCAUUCAUACAUGAAAAAUAUCAACAUAAAAUGUCGUGCUGUUUUAGUCAUCUUAGGAUCACAGACCUCUAUGUUGUACAUGUUCAUAUUUCAAUUCGAACACGGUUUAUCAGCAAA